AUGCAACAACUCAACAGCUUCUUCAAGAGCAAGACCAGUAACAACGCCAAUACCAACACCGAAACACCCUCAGGGGCCACCACAGGGGUAGCCGCACAAGCGCAGCGGCGCAAGUCCCACGACCCCGUCCUAACACCAGAAGACGAGGCUUUUCUGCGAAAUGUCACCGCUGAUGCGCCUUCGACAGACCGGGAUGCAGGGCCAGCGCCAGUCGGAGACGAAGACCAAGGACCAGCGUUACCGCCCAGGCCUAGUACACAAGAUCAGGCGCCCUUGUCGCCGGCAGAGGAGUUUGGAAAGGAGCUGGGAGAACAGGAGCGCAGGAAGUCGGCGGCGGGUUUAGAGCCUACGGUGUCAGGGAAUGAUAAUGCGUUGGCGGCUAGUACGACGGGGAAGUCCUCGGUCAACAGCGAGAAGGAAAAAGAGGAUGUGAAGGGAAAGGCGAAGGCGGGGUCGGAUAGGUCCAAGAGCCCGGGGAAGAAGAGGAGACCGUGGAGUAUGAUCUGGAAGAAGAGCGAGAAGAAGACACCAGAGCCCCAAUCCCCAGAGCCUGCGUCAAAGCCCGCAGACACAACCGAAAGCGAAACCCAGCGCGAAAACGAAGACAUGACCGAGAUCCUAGACAAGCUAAACCUCGCCGCAGACAACAACCGCGUCUUCUCCAUCUCCGACGAGACGCAAGAGCUCCUCCGGAAAUUCAAGCUCAUCUUCAAGGACCUCAUCAACGGCGUACCCACCGCAUAUCACGACCUCGAAAUGCUCCUCACAAACGGCAACAAGCAGCUCCAGGAGACGUACAGCAAUCUCCCGAGCUUCCUGCAGAAACUCAUCGAGAAACUCCCCGAGCGAUGGACAGAGUCCCUAGCCCCCGAGAUGAUUGCUGUCGCCGCAGAGAGAGCAAGUCGGAGCGGUGUCAACGUGGAUAAUAUCGGCAAGGCCGCGGCAGCUGCCAAUAAAAUGGGUAUUCAGGUGCCCAGUUUGAAGGAGCUGGUUGGGAAACCGGCGGCAAUUGUGGGGAUGUUACGCUCCAUCAUGGCGUUCCUCAGGGCAAGGUUCCCGGCUGUUCUGGGGAUGAAUGUCCUCUGGUCAUUAGCGUUGUUCAUCCUCCUCUUCGUCCUCUGGUACUGCCACAAGCGCGGCCGCGAAGUCCGUCUCGAGAAUGAGCGUCUCGUCACAGAGGAAGAAAUCGAGAAGAUCAACCAAGAGACUGCUGCUGAUAGUACAGCGCCCGAUACGGGAGAAACAACCCAGAUCCGCAGUACGGAGACCCUCACGACCACAGCCGCCCAGGGCGCAUCCCCGUCCGAAGUCCGCGAGGGUAUCAAAGAGGCGCAGAAGGCGAGGGAGAAGAAGGCGAAGACGAAGGCCGUUACGGCUGGGGAGCAGACGCAGAAUGAAGAUAGGCCCAGUGGUGUCGAGAACGAACCUAUCAAGCCUACGCGGUCGAAGUCGAUUUUGUCAAUCUUUGGUAGGUCCGGCAGCCAGAGUUCCGCGCCCAGCGAGAGGAAGAUUGAGCCGUAUCCGGGGACGUGA